AUGUACGCCGUCGAAGACCGAAAAUAUCCUGUUCCGCCUCCGCUCUCAAUGGAUCGCAUCCCCACGCCUUCGUAUCCGCCAGGGCCGAACACGUUACGGCCGGCCGACCACCUCUCGCCCGUGCAGAAUGAAUACGGAGGUCGCAUUUGGUCAUUAGAGGUGGUCCAGCAGCCGAUCCGAGCCCGCAUGUGUGGAUUUGGUGACAAGGAUCGGAGACCGAUCACGCCCCCGCCUUGCAUUCGUCUCAUUGUACGCGACCAACUGACCAAUAAAGAAAUCGACAUCAAGUAUGUGGAACGCCAGUCGUGUCCGACGUCUUUGCUAAUCCCAUCCAGUGAGAUCGACACCUCUUUCUACGUGCUCACCGUCGACCUGUGGAACGUCGAUGGCACCAGCGAAGUCAACCUGGUCAAACACUCCGCCUCCUCUCCCUCCAUCUCGACCGCCAUGUCCCAAUCCUAUCCGCCCCCGCCCCAGAGCAUGUCGCCCACCUACGGCGGCUACGGCCAAAGCCAGUACCCCGUGGGAUAUCCCCAGAUGAACAACUACUACGGAGGUCAACAGAUGGCCUACCCCAAUCAAUACGGCCAGCCGGUCACCUACCCCCAACAAUAUUACCCCGGUGGGCAAGCCCCACCAGCCAUGUCGCCAGCUACACAACCCGUCACUGGAGGGCCCGGCGGGAUGUUUACUCGCAAUCUGAUCGGUAGUCUCAGCGCCAGUGCGUUCCGCCUGACGGAUCCCGACAACAAGAUCGGCGUGUGGUUCAUCCUGCAAGACCUGAGCGUUCGGACCGAGGGCACUUUCCGGCUAAAAAUGAGCUUCGUCGACGUUGGCACGCAGUCCUCCGAAACCACCAACGGCGCUCCCGUCAUCAACCACGGAACCGCUCCCGUCCUAGCCUCCGUCUUCUCGGAACCGUUCCAAGUCUUCUCCGCCAAGAAGUUCCCCGGUGUGAUCGAGAGCACCCAGCUCAGCAAAUGCUUUGCCCUGCAAGGCAUUAAGAUCCCAAUCCGCAAAGACGGAAUGAAGCCCCGCGGCCGAGGCGGCGACGGUGAUGACGAUGACGAAGGCGACUAUUAA